UUGUUCCCCACACUCACACAUCGUUAACCUGUCAAAAAUACCAGUGCUAGACUUAAAAAUAAUUGGCAAUCAAUGGCGUGUGGUUUAUCCAUGUUUAUUAAAUAAUUGUGUAUUUUUUUACUAAUACAUAAUGAAAUUAUAUUGAGGGAAACCUUGGGUUAACGUUUUGAAGUUUUAAUUGUUCACUGAGAAUGGCUAAACCCAAGUAUAAAGCUACCUCCGAUCUCUGUGCUGAUUGUGGAGCUCUCGGGCCAGGAUGGGCAUCGGUGAACCGUGCAAUUUUAUUAUGCGACGAGUGUUGCAGCAUACACCGGAGCCUCGGACGACAUGUGUCACAUAUAAAGUCGUUGCACAAAAGCGUCUGGAAUUCAUAUUUGCUUUCUAUGGUUCACACCCUGAACGACAAUGGUGCCAACAGUAUUUGGGAGCACUCGUUGAUGGACCCCAGCAGUUCGAAAAUAAAUAGACGUAAACCACAGCCCAAGGAUCCACUGCAUCCUGUGAAAGCUGAUUUCAUUCGCGCCAAGCACCAGCAGCUGAUGUUCAUCCUGCGACCGAGUAAAGAUGAAUUCUGCAGUGAGGAAGAGCUGAGUAGACAGCUCCACAGCAGUGUGAGGACUGGAAAUCUUGAGACAUCGUUGAGAUUGCUAGCACAAGGAGCAAAUGCCAAUUAUUUUUAUAAGGAAAAGGGAACAAAUCCACUUCAUGUCGCUGCCAGAGCUGGACAGACACUCCAGGUGGAGUUGCUCAUUGCCAAUGGGGGAAAUCCAAGUCUAGUUGAUUCCAGUGGACACACUCCCAUGGACAUUGCGAGAAUGUCUGGACAUCUGGAGCUGUCAGAGAGGCUCGUAGAGUGCAUGUACGAGGUGACUGACAGGCUGACGUUUUUCGUAUGCUCAAAGAAGCCGGACCAUCGUACCCAGGAGCACCUUAUCAUUCCCGAGUGGUCGGUGAAUCUGGAGAGGAACGAGCUGGCUGUCGAGGCCAGAACUCGCCUCCAACUGCUCCCUAACAAUUUGCUGGAGGAACUGGCGAUGGAUGUUUACGAUGAGGUUGACAGACGGGAGACUGAAGCCGUUUGGCUGUCGCAUGCGAGUCUUCCAGAACGAACGACAGUGCCUUUUUUACCGGUAAAUCCACACCUGUCUUCAACGCGAAAUCAGGGACGACAGAAACUGGCGAGGUUCACACCCAAAGAGUUUACGAUAUUGAUUAUCGACCUGUUGACCGAGGCUGACAGGAGACAGAUGAUCUCCAACACGACGCCCCUGCAAGAUCCAGCUGUUUUGGCCCUUAAGAAAGAGAAAUACGGCUCUCAGGUGUCUGAUGACGAGCCCCUGUAUGACAGUGUCGCCUCGGACGAUGAUUAUGCAGCUGUAACUAACGACGUCUCCAGUCCCCAGUCGAACGUCGAUAACGAGAAGGCACUAGCCCCAAUGGCCAAGGGCCUUCCCACAAUUGUGGAACUCCUGAAAAAGCAGCUGAGCACCUCCGAGUCGACGAUAAAGUCGCUUCAGGAAGAGAUGAGGGAAAUGAAGAGGACAAUAGAGACUCUGACACGAGAGAAUCGAGAGCUGAAGGCAGCUUUUCAGUCCCAUAAUAAAUCCCUCCCUGAGGACGUGAUGAAUGGACACUCUGGUGAACAGGAGCCGGUUUUGGAGUCUCUGGGGGACCUUAGGAGCACCCUGUCGAGGGGACAGAGACCAGCCUCUAUGUAUGAGACUCGAGAGGGCCUGAAGAAGAGCGGAACGUGGAGUUCCAUGAGUCAGGCAAAACCUCAUGGUGAGACUCUGGCCCGACCCAACACUACUCAAAGCCUCUGGGCAUACCAAACAUCGAGUUUGCCGUCGUGUGACGAGGUCACCAGGCGAACGGAGCAGGUGACGAGGAGAAUUCAGGAAUUGUGGAUGGCAAUGCAGGACCCCGGCCACAGGGAAGCAUUUGUGCCUUGUGCUGAGAGGAUCAGGGUGGCUGUUGCUGAGUUGACAGCCAUAUUUCCUCAUAAUCCAAUUGAAGACAAUAUCAGAUCAGCCCUCAGACAGCUAAACGGUAACACUGGACGACUUCAAGCAGAGUGUGCUGGUCUUCAACGCUGCACCAGUGAUCCUGAACACAUGGACAGGUGUCUCCAGCAGGUUCGAUCAUGUGCCUACGAUAUUGCCAAAGCUACCAAACUCCUCGUUACGCAGUUUCAGAUAUCCUAGAUUUAGAAACAUCCUCAUACGUAAAAAUAAGGGACCCAUACUGCCUGGUUCCCUCACAAAGACAGCUCCCAAAUUUUUUCCAAAACAAAUUUGCAAAAACUUGGCUAAAAAAUGUCAUCAUUAUGUAGCUUGUCAAAUUUCCGUCUCCAAACGUGGCUGACAAACGCCCUACAACGUUCGAAAUAAUCGCCGAAAGAAAUUUACGGUCUUAUAUCAAAUAUCAAAAAUUUCUGGGGCAGAAUGGGUUCAUGACCAGGUUUUGGAGAUGGCCAUUUUGUCACAUAUUUCGUGGGAUCAUUUACACCCCCGAAAAAAAAAUUAUUGAAUUUUCACAUAAUUCAAAUAAUCGGAAAACAAUGGAAAAAUGCUUUAAGCUUUAAAGAUCAAUUAGCAAUCAAUUAAUCAAUAAUUUUCCCAUUAUUGUUACCUUAUAUUAAAAUAGAAUAAAGACUGAGUAGGCGUAUUUUUUAAUUUUCAUCUCAUAAACUUUGAAAAAUUAGAAAUUUUUAAUUUUUUUCAUUAAAAAAAUUAAAAUAAUCAGUUUUUAUAAUGUAAAUUAAUUGAUUGACGAAUUGUAAAUACUUGAACUAUUAAUUAACUACAUCACAUUGUUAUCAGAAAUCGACAAUCAUCCAUUUUGAUGAAACGAAACCGAUUUUUUAAUUAUCAGAAUUGACUUUAGUGCAAUAAUCACCGCUUUCCUUAAAAAUAUCAUGAAAAAAAACGAUUUUAAUGAAAUUAAUGUCAAAUCCAAAUCCAUUAUUGGUAAUGGAAAAACAUUUUUUUAUUAUGAGUCACUGUAUGUCAUCAUGUUAACUCAUCAAGACAUUCACCACUUUAUGAUAAUUAAUUAUUUAAUUCUCUGACAAUACCUUAGUAUUUCAUAAAUAAUAAAUCGAUGCAUUAAGUAUUGAGUAAUUAAAGAUCCUUUUUACCAUGAAGAAAUGAGCAUUGUUAUUUUUAACGAACGUAUAAAUGUUAAUUGUAUCGAAUAAAUUGUGUGUUUGCGAUAAUCGCUGUCAUGACGUUCUGUGUAGAUUUUAAUUAAACUGAAUAAAAUUAUUAAGAAUCACCAAUUUCUUUAAAAA